CUGCAGACUCCCACUGCCAGCCUGCCAGACUUGGAGAGCUUGCAUACUGCUGCUGCCCUAGGAAACGUGCUCUAUCUCCCUUGGACGCCGAAGUUCGGCAAGCAAAUCCAGAAGCGCCAGCUCGAGGUCCCCGAGUAUGCCGCGAGUUUUGUGAAUUACAAGGCUCUCAAGAAGCUGAUCAAGAAACUGUCGGCUACUCCCACGCUGAGCGCACAAAUUGAUCCCCUCCGCUCCGCAAUAUCUAUAGACUCCCAGGCUGCUCUUCAGGCCAACAAGGCCACCUUCUUCUUCCAAUUAGAACGGGAGCUCGAAAAAGUUAACGCCUUCUAUCUUCAAAAGGAGGCCGAGCUCAAGGUCCGCUUGAAGACCCUUCUCGACAAGAAGAAAGUCUUGCAAUCACGAAAUGGCGUUUCGAGACGAUCAGCCAAGUUCACGACUCUCGAAGAGGGCUUCCAACAGUUCGCCAGCGACCUGAACAAGCUCCAGCAGUUUGUCGAGAUCAACGGAACCGCUUUCUCCAAAAUCCUCAAAAAGUGGGACAAGACUUCAAAGUCCAAGACCAAGGAACUCUACCUCUCCAGGGCCGUCGAGGUCCAGCCCUUCUUCAACGCCACCGUCAUCAGCGAGCUAUCCGACCAGGCCACGACCAGUCUACAGGAGCUCGGGGCAUGGGCCGAGGGAGACCAUGUCACCUUCGAGUCCCGUACUGACCACAUCGUGAGCAGCCAGCAUCUGCUCGGAACCGACGAGGGCGAUGCCGACACUCUGCUGCUCGACACGGUCAUCGGCGGGAACCUCGAGGCCCUGCGAGACCUGCUUGUACGGAUGCGGACUUCUGCUGCCGGCUCGUCGUCGGGCUCCGAUCUCUCUUUGAUGGAAAGGUUCACCCGAACUUUCCUCGCAGCAAUCCACGAGGCACCCAAGAGCACCCUCGAAGUCCUGCUCGAUACCGGCCUGGUCGACAUCCAGUCAGAGGACGACAUCAACGAGAGGAAUUGCUUGCACCAGGCCGCGAUCUACGGAAACAACUUCGUCCUCGAGUAUGGCCUCUCAAAAGGCGUUGCCGUUGACCGCACCGAUGUCUACGGCAGAGUUCCUCUGCACUACGCCAGUAUGCAUGGCCGCUUGGACAUGCUCGAUGCCCUCUCGAGCGCAAAUGCUCAAACGAUAGAUCUGAUCGACCAUGACAACUUCACACCGCUUGUGCACUCGAUAAUCCACGGACAUCUGCAGUGCGUAGAACGUCUGCUGGAGAAGUCCGCCCGCAUCGACCCUGUGUCCGAUGCAGACCACGUACCGCUUAAUCUUGCAUGCGAGCACGGUUCGCUGGCAAUCGUGGAAUUGCUGCUCAAGCAUGGAGCACAGAUCCUGCCCGACGCCGAAGGGCUCUAUCCCCAACAUCUCGUUGCUCGGUCCGGUCAACGGCCAGAGCUCCUGCUUCUGCUCAAAAACUAUGGCGCAAACCUCGAUCAGGUCGAUAAGCUGUACGGAUGGACGCCUUUGGUCCAUGCAGCGAGCGAAGGCAAUGUUCCCUGCCUUCAGGGUCUCUUGGAAGUCGGAGCCGAUCCCACCAUCGUCGACGAGAAGGACUUGCCAGCAAUGUACUACGCAGUGUGGGAAGGUCACUUGGAGUGCAUGAAGCUUCUGGCUCCUUACAACGCGAGGACGAAACCGAGCCCGAUGAUCGUACAGCAUGGAUUGGGGCCGAUGUUGGAAAGUGGCGGACCCGAGCCUAUGGCCCUCGACCCGGACGCCAUCCCCGAACUCGAACUCCCGCCGCCGAUUAUCCCUCUGCGCCGCUACGGACACAACUUCUUGGACACGAAAACCGUCGUCCAGAUCAGCUUCGAAGAGAACGGAGACCAACCCCUGGUGUUCUUCCACGAUGGCAAAUACCCGGCCGCCCGCCUCACGAUCUCGUCCAAGGUCUCCGAUCUCAUCCCGAAGAACAUUAUGCUGCCUUUCCAAGAAGAUACCCGACUUGUUUCCUUCCAGAUUGACAACCUGGAGUCGUUCACCCUGGAUUUCGACGUCUUUCCCACCUACGGCGCAAAGAUCAUUGCCAAGACGGUGGCGCUGCCGAAUACGUUCAAGGCACUACUCAGCAGCUCUGGAAAGUGCUGUUUGCCUCUCUUCGAUCCUAGACUUCGCGCCAUUGGACAGAUCAGCUUCCACACACAGGUCAUCAAGCCUUUCAACGGCAAGCCGCUGGAGAUUACCGACUUCGAGACGUAUUGGAAGGCUACGAGCCAGUUCGAUCGCAGCCCGAGCACGUUCAUAACCGGCUCGAGCUUGUCUGGCGACUUCGUUCGACUGUUCGUCCAGCACACCAGCGACGGCAUCCCUGUGUUGUGGCCGCGGUGGACGAUACCAUGCGGAGGCAUCGACCUGCCGAUCUCGAGAUUGACAAUGGAGCAGUUCAGCACCAUCACGUCCAAGAGCCCGAGCAGAGCAGAACUUUCCUCUCUGCCAACGAAGCCGUUGGAUGCGAUUGCGGAUGUCCACCGCGUGUUGGCCACCGCAGGAAUCCCUCUCAACGAGGCACUGGCCUUGCUUCCCCACGGAAUGCACGUCAACGUCCAGAUCCUGUACCCGUCUUUGGAAGAGGAGAGGACGUUGGGUCUCGGCCCCUCCCUGGAUCUCAACACCUUCGUCGACUCUCUACUCACGACUGUGUUUGACCACGCCCGCGCCCAAAGGGCACAAUCCCUUGAGUCUGUUCGCUCCGUCGUGUUCAGCUCAUAUAACCCGAGCCUUUGCACGGCGCUCAACUGGAAGCAGCCCAACUUCCCCGUUUUCUUGUGCAACGAUCUCGGUCGCGAGGAGUCGAUGGCGCCGCCGGAUGUCAUCCAAAGUCAUGGCAGGAGAUCCGCAUCGAUCAAGGAAGCUGUCCGGAUCGCGCAGAGCAACAACUUCAUGGGCCUGAUCUGCUGCUCAAGAUUACUGGACAUGGUGCCCGCGCUGGUCGAUGCAAUCAAGUCGCACGGCCUGGCGCUUGUCACAGACAAGUCGCUGGAGCCGCCAACAACCCACUCGCUUUCCGACCCCUUUCCUAGGUUACCAAAGGGAGUGGAUGGUGUGCUCAAAUGUCACGGUGUUUUGCGCUUCAACGAGUCUAUAGAUAUGUAG